AGAAAAGUUGAACUCAUUGUGAAUGCAGCGGGACGAUUUUUGUUAGUUGGUAUGCCUAAAUUUUGUAUUUUGUAUGUCGUUUUCCCGCAAUGUUUUUGUAUUUUCUCAUUCAAUACUCCGUCCAACUGGUGGCGGUAAUGCUCCAUUAACAUUGGAUGCCAACAACAGUUAAAUCCCAUUGAAGAAGAACCAUUUUUGUUCAUGUGUUAAGGUAAGGAGAUUAAGCUGUCACCAUGACUCGAGAUAUAGUGAUUGGAGAUGAACUACCUGACUGGGUGGGAGCCAAGGAGUUCUACCAGAAAUAUGACCCGAAAGAGGUGAUUGGCAGAGGUGUGAGUAGUGUGGUGCGCAGAUGUGUGCACAAGCACACAGGGCAGGAGUUGGCAGUGAAGAUUAUAGAGAUCACAGCUGAGAAGAUGACCGCACAGCAGCUGGAAGAGGUGAAGAGCUCCACACUGAAGGAGAUCCAGGUUCUCAACAUGGUCAAAGGACACUCCUCUAUCAUCACUCUCAUUGAUUCCUAUGAGUCAACAACCUUCAUAUUUUUGGUAUUUGACCUCAUGAGGAGUGGAGAGCUUUUCGACUACCUGACAGAGAAGGUCACUCUCAGUGAGAAGGAAACUAGGUGUAUGAUGCGAUGUCUCCUGGAAGCUGUCCAGUACCUCCAUUCCCUCAACAUAGUUCACCGGGACCUGAAACCUGAAAACAUUCUGCUGGAUGACCAGGGACACAUCAAACUCUCUGACUUUGGCUUCUCUGUCCAGCUUCAGCCAGGCAAGAAUCUGAGAGAGCUUUGUGGGACACCAGGUUAUUUGGCACCUGAAAUCCUGAAAUGCUCCAUGGAUGAGACGCAUCAGGGAUAUGGGAAGGAAGUUGACCUCUGGGCGUGUGGGGUGAUUCUGUUCACCCUGCUGGCUGGCUCUCCACCCUUCUGGCACCGCAAACAGCUGCUGAUGCUCAGAAUGAUCAUGGAGGGCCGUUACCAGUUCAGCUCCCCAGAGUGGGAUGACCGGUCUGACACCGUCAAAGAUCUGAUUACCAGGUUGCUGGUGGUGGACCCAAUUGUCCGUCUCAACGCUGAACAAGCCUUGGCUCAUUCCUUCUUUAGGCAGUACCAAAGGGACGAGGUGCGUCACUUCAGUCCCCGGAAGACAUUCAGGGUACUGAUCCUGAGUGUGCUAGCCUGUAUCCGCAUGUACUGUCGCUACCGCAGAGCCAGGCCACUGACGCGGGAGGUCCUGGCCAGAGACCCCUACUCCUUGAAGGGAGUGCGCAAACUAAUCGACGGCUGCGCCUUCAGGAUCUAUGGACACUGGGUUAAGAAAGGGGAGCAGCAAAACAGGGCUGCCCUCUUCCAGAAUACGGCUAAAAUAAUGCUUCUUGGUUUAGAGGACUUUGAAACUUAAAAGAUCAUACUUGUUCUAGUAACCGCAUUAGCUUUAUGUAGUUUAACAGGUUUGACAUUUUGGUGUGCAUAUUUUUUCUUUGUGAAUGCUAGGUCUCGUUACAUAGGAUGAGGAAUUCAUGGUCCGGUGACCUGUUCGCCUUAAUGCGAAUAAUGGCUCAUUAUUAUUUAUGGUUAAGUGGAAUUUGAGAUCGUUGUGGAUCCAGAGAUGAGAAUUUUGUGUUAAUUUUAGGGUCCAAGAGAAUGCUUUUUGAGACUACUCAAAUCAGCUGGCAAUGGUUUUAGGAAGCAAAAGUGACAAAGCCACUUCAAUGCACUAUAUUGUACACAUAGGGCAAAAAAAGGUGAACAUAUAUCCAUACCGAUGGUGUAGUUAAUGCUUGAAAAAGUUUUUUUUUUUUAUUGCUAUGACAUCCUCUAUUGAGUUGAUAUAACAUAAUUUUUUUCAUUGUUUACUUCUAUUUGCUACCUAAACCUGUAUUUUAGCAAUCAUAUAUUCUUACUGAAUCUAAAAUAACACAGCGGAAAGUUAGUGAUUGCAGAAGAAACAUUAAACAUUCCAAAUAUAGUUUUCCAAUUUCCACUGAUAGUUUGAGUUAAGGGUAUAGGAAAUGACGAAAUAACUGUUACCCCAGUCAGAUUAGUUUCCUUUCUGUGUUUCGUGUUUAGUGCAAUACGACAAUUAUUGUAACCAAUAGCAUUCCUUUUCAGUCCAGUUUGAGAUUUACUCAACUAAGUGUUCCUUUGCCUGAAUUAAAAUGGCAUUCCUCAAUAAGUGGUGUACAAUAAUGUUACAACUGUGAAAGACCAAUGUUUUAUUGAUAAUGAAAGUAACCUAUUUACUUUGUAAUAUUUGUGUGUUGAUUUUGUGUUUAAAGGAGUUAACAAAAACAUGA